AUGCAACCCUAUACGAAGAAGAAGAGGACUGGGGCACAAAAUGGAAGCACUAGUAUGGAAAGUGGUGCAGAAUUCCUCGAGAACUACGACGCAUCCACAGGCCGGUGCUGGAUCUUCGAGCGCAACGGCGUUCCUCGGUUGUAUAGACCCUGGACGCUUCAAGAUGAUUCUGUACCUGCGGUCUGCUCCUCCGCCUCUUCGCGCAUUCGUAAGAAAUCUGCCCAGUUUUUGCUCACGCCAUUCGAUAUCCUCUGGAUAAUUCGUUACGCGCCCUAG